AUUUUUGUCAAUAAUAAACAUCAAGGGAAGUCGAGCCAACGAAUCUAAACCAUCGGCUACGUGAAAACCGGGAGAGAGGGGUUGUGUUAUUGUUUCUUAUUUACAAAAUUCAUUUAAAACACGAGUAGCGUUAAAGAACAGCUGUAAAUGUGACUCGUACAUUUAAAAUGUCGUCGGGAAGCUUUGUAGAUCUUUUAGCUCUCGGUCGCGGAAUCUGGAAUACAUCUGACCUACUAAGCGGUGCCCUACAUGGAAAUUACACCGCCAAAUCCAACCACCGGAUACUACAAUACAUUUGGGAUUUUCGGAUUGGCAGGGAGGAGUACAUAGCAUCCCCUCUCUUCCCGGUUAUUCUCUCCGUAGUGUUCUAUUUCUCCUUCUGUACCCCAUUCAUGAUUGCCGAUCUCCUCGGCGAACGGUUACCAUGGAUCCAUAAAUACAAGAUUCAGACGGACAAAAAAGUAACGCUAUCACAAGUUUACGAUACCCUGCAGCUGACUUUCUGGAAUCAUGUGCUUUUCGUCCUCCCUGCCGCCGUCGGACAGUGGAUCUGGGCCCCGCCCACCCCGCUUCCACACCUUGCUCCCACCAUGUCGGAAUUUCUCUGGCACAUAAUUGCCAGUUUGGUCAUCUUUGACUUCCAGUACUAUGUGUGGCAUUGGUCCCACCACAAGGUGCGUUUUCUGUACAAGCACAUCCACGCUGUGCACCACCGCUACAACAGUCCAUUUGUGUGGGUAACUCAGUACCUCCAUCCCUGGGAACUAGUCACCGUGGGUUUCCUGACCACCACCAACUCGUGGUUCCUCAAGUGCCACCCUAUGACGACCUGGUUCUACAUGCUGUUAAGUAUCGUUGUCAGUGUGGAGGCACAUAUUGGGUACGAGUUUCCUUUUUGUAUCCAUAACUGGGAACCAUUCGGGGUGGUUGGUGGUGCCCCUAAGCAUGAUAUGCACCACUUGAAGCCAAUGACAAACUUCCAGCCAUUUUUCAACCACUGGGACAAGCUAUUUAACACUUUCUGUCCAUUCAUGAAAGCGGGUGGAAUCAAGACAAAGGCGCUGGCGGAGUACGAACGUCGCUACAGAGAGGCCAAGAAAGUUGUAUGAUUUGCCAAAAACGUGUGAAUGGUGUCUAAAAUUCUGAAGCAUAAGUGGGGAAACGAUCGAAACAAGACAAUGUUAUAAUGUUUUCUUGGAAGAAUGAAUAAACCAAGACACCUAAAGAAGAAGAAAAAAGGACAACCUUGACAAUAUCUUGAUUAGAAAUGUUAAUUAAGAGAAUUUUUAGGAGAGAGCUAGCUGUCCAAAGAGAGAAUUGAUAUCGGUGCUAAAAUGUCAUUUGAUGCAAAAACGACUUAUAAAACAGGAAUUAUCAUGAAUUGAUUUCACAGAGGAAAUAUCUGUCUAUAUGUAAAAUUACAUGUAGCUGAAUAUGUCUCAUUUUACAUGAUUUUUUUUUAUUAUAUUGUGAUUCAGGGAAAUACUUUUUAUAAGGAAUAUGUAGAUACCUUUUUUAAAUGCAUAUAUGGUAGAUUCAUUACUUUGAAACGGAGAGUAUAUGUUUUGUAUUUUUAAUUUUAGCUCUUUAAAAGUAGUCAGACAGAAAUGUUCGAGAAUUUUCUAGUAGCUUAGCUGAUACAAUUCUAUUCAUACCUAAUCCUGCAGAGAUAAGUACGUGAUAAAGAGAGAGAGAGCGCUGCUUAUUUUAGAACCCUGGGCCUCUUAUGGUGGUCCCCUCUCAUUGCCACCUGAUUAAAUCAAUAGCAUGCAGAAAAUUGUCUUCCGAUGACUCCAAAAAAGGCUAUUUCCAACGCAAAAAGGCAAGAGAUCGAUGAACGUGCCUGCUGACAGGAUUUUUGUCGCACGUUAUGAACGGAUAAAAACCAUAUUCAAUUAACCAGCGGAGUGACUUUAUAACUAUAAACCAUGUAAACGGUCUGCAUACCUCUAGUGCAUUGUUAUAAUUCUCUUGGUUAACCAUUAAAUAAAGUGGAGUAGAUCUUACAUACAUAUACUUUAGUUUUAGGGUUUUAUUCCUGUUACAAAUUCUUUAUUUAUAGAUAUACAAUGUUGAUUUAUUUUAAUAAUAAUAUUUUAAAUAAUGCUUAAGCUGUGCUACAUUUUUACACUGUUUUAAUGUAGACUGUGAUAAAAGUAUAGUAGAAAAAAAUUUAAUAUUUUAAAGGAUUAUAUUGUUUGUUAUAAAAUGCUACAAAAGCUAGUCAUAUACCGAAAGUAUUCAUUGUUUAAUCAUGCAUGCAGUAUCGAAAUGUAUUUUUUAACUUGUAAUAAUACAAUUUUCUUUUAAUUUAGAGUGUAGUAAUAAGAUUUGUAUGUGAGUCACUGAUUUUUUUUGAAACCAUUUUACCUGUUGUUAGUACCCACCUAUUCCUAUCUUUUUAUGCAUAACAAUUUUCCCCUGAAAAAUUAAUGAAUGUCAGUAAUGUAAGAAAAACUUUAUCUAUGUGCUAUUGAAAAUGAAUGACGGGUUAAAAUCACUUAUUUUUCAGAAUUUUAGACACCAUUCUGUACUAUAUUGAAGAGUUCCAUGUGUUAAACACGCUGUUUAUUAAUCAUCACAUUAUAAUAAUCGGAAGGCCCUAGCAAUGAUGUUCAUUAUAAAUCAAUGAACUGAUGCGGGACCUUCGUAAUGUCAGUCAUGGGCCCACUCUCCCCCCGGUCAUUUCAGAAUGACGCACACAUUUUAUUGUGCCGACUGGAAUCACCUAGGAGUGGGUUUGUGCACUGGAUGAAGUUUUAUUUUUAUUUUUUUUUAAUCUAUGUUACAUUUUUUGCAGUUUUUUUUAAACCUAUGUGUUUUUGCAAUGACGUGCUGAAUACAGCAUUGAGACAAAAACAGCUUUAUUUUUUGAAUUUUUAAUUUUUUUGUGUUGUUUUGUUUCGAUGUUGUUCUAUAUUGCUUAAAAGCUAUUGCUUACUAGGGUGGGCAUUAGAGCUAUUUUUUGUUCGCAGCAAUAAUUUGUUAUCCCAAUGACGCUCUGUAUUAUGGAGCUGAUGAAGUUUUUGCUGUGAUUUUGAACUAAAUCCCUGUAAUCAAAUGACGUUCUCUUUUGUAGAACUGAGAGGGAAGAUGUGAAAAGUGUUAAAUUCCGCUAAUAAAGAAAACUUUAUUGUUA